UCGACUUUUUGGCAUAAUUUUGCAGCCGCAGAAUCGCACUUUAACAUCUGUUUACCUAACCCCGACCAAUUUUCCCUCGGCAUACAAGGUCGGCACAUCGGGCACAUAAACUACAUAACACAACCAAGCCGCACCUGCCCUCGACUACAUCCUUCAGCCGCCAAACGAAUACACACCACUCUACUGCUUCACUUCACACACAAUGGACAAUAUCGAAAAGCAGCCUUCAGGGGUAUCCUUCCCUGCUGGCCUUGACGACUUCCGCGCUGCCAGGGAUCGGUGCGCUCAUGCCUGUAGACGCUUCAACAGCAUGCCUGAAGAUGCUACACCAGAUGUUCGAACAAGCCUCUUUCUCGACAUCAUCCGACCGGCUCGGAACAGGAAAGAAGAUGGCGCUAUUACACAUGACAUGACUUUCCGCGACCCAACCCUCAAGGCUCUCACUCCCUUUGUCAAGCCCCCCUUUUUCGUCGAUUAUGGAUUGCGUCUUCGGGUAGGAGGCUCGACCUUUAUCAAUCGAGGGUGCUUCAUUAUGGACACACCCGUAGCCGACGUAACCAUUGGCGAGAACUGCAACAUUGGUCCUCACUGUACACUCGUGAGCGUCGGCCAUCCAAUUCACCCUGAGGCUCGUGAGUCUCAAAGAAGCAGCAUUGGAAAGCCCAUCACCAUUGGUGACGGUGUGUGGAUCGGGGCCAACGUCACUAUCCUGUAAGUUUCCUCAUUCUCACUUUCUUCUUCCCCCUUUUUCUGUGGAGACAGUUCUCAUCUCCCUUUGUUUACUUUCCCCUGCAUCGGACCCACCCCCU